GCAGACGUCGGAGUAGCGCGGAGCGUUUCGGUGCGGCCAUGGCUCUGCUGCGGGGUGUGUUCAUUGUUGCAGCAAAGAGAACUCCUUUUGGGACCUAUGGAGGUUUGCUGAAGGACUUCACAACCACUGACCUAGCAGAACAUGCUGCUCGAGCUGCACUGGCUGCUGGCAAGGUCCCUCCUGAGAUCAUCAACAGUGUCGUCGUUGGCAGUGUCAUGCAGAGCUCCGCAGAUGCAGUUUAUAUUGCAAGACAUGUUGGUCUGCGUGUGGGGAUUCCUGUCCCAGUUCCAGCCCUCACUGUCAACAGACUUUGUGGCUCUGGUUUCCAAUCCAUUGCCAAUGGAUGUCAGGAAAUUUGCCUCAAUGAAUCAGAAGUUGUUCUGUGUGGUGGAGCUGAAAAUAUGAGCCAAGCACCGUAUGCAGUUCGAAACAUUCGAUUUGGAACUAGAUUAGGAGCAGACCUCAAGCUGGAAGACACAUUGUGGGCAGCUCUAACAGAUACACACGUUAAAAUACCCAUGGCAAUUACAGCUGAAAAUCUGGCUGCAAAGUACAACAUCACACGAGAGGACUGUGACCGAUAUGCUUUCAAAACACAACAGAGAUGCAAAGCUGCUCAGGAUGCUGGUUACUUUAAUGCUGAGAUGGCACCAAUUGAAGUGAAAACCAAAAAGGGGAAAGAAAGUAUGCAAAAGGACGAGCACCCCAAACCCCAGACCACUCUGGAACAAUUGGCAAAACUCCCAACUGUCUUUAAAAAGGAUGGAACAGUCACUGCUGGGAAUGCUUCAGGGGUAUGCGAUGGAGCUGGUGCAGUCAUCAUUGCCAGUGAAUCAGCGCUUAAAAAGCACAGUCUUACUCCUCUGGCAAGAAUAGUAGCAUAUCACUCAUCUGGCUGUGAUCCUUCCAUAAUGGGCAUUGGUCCUGUACCUGCAAUUACUGAGGUUCUGAAGAAAGCAGGAUUGACCCUGAAGGACAUGGAUUUAGUCGAGGUGAAUGAGGCAUUUGCACCGCAAUACCUAGCUGUCGAAAAGGUUUUGGGCCUUGACCCUGAAAAAACCAAUGUCAAUGGAGGUGCCAUUGCGAUAGGUCAUCCUUUGGGAGCAUCAGGCUCACGGAUCACAGCUCAUCUGGUUCAUGAGUUGAGGCGUCGUGGUGGGAAAUAUGCAGUUGGGUCAGCUUGCAUUGGCGGUGGACAAGGUAUUGCUAUUAUCAUUGAGAACACAGCCUGAGAGAUUCUGGAGACUGCAGUGUUGCCUGAAUUACUAAUUCCCUGAAAAACUGCCUUUUGUGACAACAGAGCAUCACUGCCUGCCUUCACUUUGUGCCAUUCCUGCAAGGUAAAGGAAUAGCUGAGAAGUCUGAAUUCUGAACAAAAGGAUUUAUUACUGUCUUUCUAACUAAAGGAAGUGUAAUAAUUUCACACUGAUGAAGUAUUUUCUAAAACCCUCUUUUCAAUCAAAAUCAAUGUAUUUCUGUAGACAAAAUUAUUGUUUUCAUUUCCUGAGGAAAUUGUCUGUCAAACUUUCACCAAACCUGCCUUAAAAUAGCAGUCAGUGUAGCUUUUUAAGCAAAUUUUGCUUAAACUCCUCAUAGUUCAAUUGCUGCUGCUGUCUGGCACGUGUGCCUCUUUUAUCAUCAGGAAAUGUUAAAAUUUAAUUGGAGACCUGAAGUAUAUACUGAUUGUAGAUUGAUGGCUAUAACCUGUACCCUGCUGGUUUACAAGGGCAAAUAAAUGAGCGAAAGCUGAAAUUUCCAUUGUGCCUCCCAAAAGAACAAUAAACGCAAGAGGG